AGAGUUCCUUGGUCUUACUAUUAGUUUGUGGAAUUUGUAAGAGUCAAGUGAAAAUGUGGGAGCAGAGAAAUCGGGUAAAAGCCCAAAUCUCACCGAAUCGGGUCUCACUUUUCCUCCAGACUUUCACCAGUUCACACAACCCGAUCGGAACGGAACCAGAGUGACAGGAACUUGGUCUCAAAUUUUCUUGACAAGAUUCAAUUAUUUGAUUUGAUAGGUUGUGUGCGGUUGAGUUGAGUGGAAAAAUAUCGCGGCGACAGAAAUGAGGCCGAAUUGUGAGCAGGGGUUUGUUUUGUUCAAGUUGAUAUUUGUUUUGAUCGUGUUACUUGGCGAGGUGGGGGUGGGAAACGGUCAUCAUCAUCACCACCAACACGGUCAUGGAAAUAGGAAGCGACACAGGAGUGGCAGAAGUCAUCAAUUUAAAAUUAAGCCAACCUGCUCCGAACAGUGGACGAUAUCCUGUCCUCCAAUCAUCUUCCCGGACUAUUCCUCCUGCUCCUGGACCUGUCCAGGCUCUACUCCCGGGGACGGCCCGAUCUGUGGUAGUGACGGUUUAAUCUACGACUCCCGCUGCAUCCUCGAGAAGGAGGCUUGUCUCCAAAAAUUGCGACAGUUUGGAACAUCAUCGUGGAACGAUGCGGGGGACGAAACCGCACGGAAUAUAUUGACAGUUGACGAGACGGGCGGCCGGAAGUGCGUUCAUUUCCUGGAACCUCUCCAUCAAAGAACGGGCAUCCAAUCUUUUUACGACGAAAAAGGAAGUCGUGGUGCUGACAUGGUGAAUACUGGUGGGACGAGGACGACGACAAUAACUACGCUAGCACCAGCAAGAAUGAGUAGUACGACAGAAUCUCAUCUUCCCAGUCAGCAAUCUGGCAGAAAUGGUGAAAGUGGUUCUGCUGCUUUCUCGGUAGGGGAAAGAAUGCAAGCCGAUGAGGCAGAGAGACAUCAUACCGAGGAGGAGAAAGUUUGUAGCAGGGAAGACUUUGAACGUUUCAAGGGAAAAUUGUUCGACUUGACCAAAAUCAAGUGGCGAGAGAUGACAUGGGGUAAAACUGAGACACCAAAAAAUGACGACUUGGAGAAGAUGAGCCCCACAUGGAGCCGACUUUUGGCAGGAGAUGGACCGGAAGCUGAUAAGGACAAUUUAAUACGCCUCAUCUUUUCCAGCUUAGAUCACGAUUCUAACUUCAUUCUGAACUAUGCCGAACUUUAUCAAGCAGACGUAGACUUGGUUGAACCCUUGCUGAAGGGUAACUGUCAAUGGAGGGACUUUCUCCGAUUUCAGGACAAGGAUCCACAAGAUGACAAAAUCCACGUCACGGAAUUCUACGCCGCCUUCUCUCAUCUUUACGGGGUGACGAUGAUUUCCCUCGAGAAGGCGUUCGAGUGGAAGAAGUUGGAUGUCGUCCAAGGGGAGGAUCUCCAUCUGUACUGUGAUGUCGUGGGGUCUCCUCCCACCCGCGUGGUAUGGACCACACCCAAUAUCAAGCCGCAAAAACGACGAACCAGUGACGACCCCCACAUUUUGCACGAGGUGGAUGGAUCCUUACUCAUUUUGGGAGUGGAGAAACACCACGGGGGAAAUUAUUCGUGCAAGUCGGUAAGAAACGAGGAGGUGGUGCAAGUCAUAUCGCUAAAUGUGGUCAGUUCCUCGAACAGUAGGAGUAUCAGUAAGAUUAAUGGCAAGGAGACCGUUAACAAUGUAAGUUAUUGGACUGAAAGUAGGUUGUUUGAUAGAAAUGGGGGGAAAGUUUUGGAUCGAGAAAGUAGUGCGGAAGCGAGUAGUUCGUAUCUUAUGGAGGAGGACGAAGACUAUUUAUAAUAAUAUUUUUGAAAAAAGAAGAAAUAAAUUGUGAAACGCUUAUAAUAAUUGUAUAAGAAUUUCUUGUUAAGAAUUGUUGUCAAUUAGAUAAUAAAAUUACACGUAAAUAUAUAUAAGUUUAGUUACGUAAAUAACAUAA